AGACCUGCACUCCCCCCUCAACUGCCAUAGAAGGAGGCCACCAUCUUGAAUUUGGAGACUUAAAGAUGGGGUCCAACGCUACAUUUUACAUCGGCUUCGCAUUAAGCCUAUUAGCUCUACUAUUCAACAUAGUAGGCUUCUGCACCCCUAACUGGUAUGAGAAAUCAGACAUUAGAGACAGUCACGGCUUUGUGCGAUGCGGACUUUGGGAGUUUUGCCUGGACAAUUACAAAAACCCAGAUGACCUGUUAGCCAAGCCUUACAGUGGAUGUUGGUGGGUUUAUUCUCCAGAAUAUUGGUGGAUGAGAGACCACUUAAUGCCACCGUGGUUCAUAGCCUGCCAGUACCUGAGUCUGAUUGCUGUGUUUGUCUUCAUGACCGCCUCCUUUGCAGAGGGAGGCUUCCUCUUCCAGUGUUGUGAGACAGAUAGCUCAGCAUUAAAAAUCUCAGGAGGAAUAAGCAUUGCUGCAGCAUUACUAGAAGGAAUCAUCGUCACAGUUUUCGGAACCAUAACCAAAGAUGGCCGCACCUGGAUGCCAGACCCUGACAACAACCGCGUGUCCUGGUCUUUUGGACUUGCUGUCUUGUCUGCAUUUUUGGCUCUUUUCUCUGGGAUGCUGAUGCUUUUAACGAGAGCCCAAUUGUCAGAUGAGACAAAGGCGGAAAUGAAGUAAAAUGUGUGGCAAUUUCCAGGACUGUUGCUGUUUAAUAUCAUGUAGAAUAAUUGUAGAUUUUUAUACAAAAAGUGUAAUAUAAAUAUUUUUAAAGUUUCAAAAUAUUUCACCCAGACACUUGAAAUGGGGACAGUGACUUUGCAACAGAACAGACAGUUUUAUAGGUAGUGCAUUUACAGGAAAUAUUGUAAAAACCCAUACAAUGGGUGAAAAGUGCCCUACUUACAUCCCUGUAUAAACACAUGAACUAUAUGUGAACAAUUUUGAUAUUUUACUGUGAAUAAAACAAUGUUCAUGGGUGCUUUUUUUAAGAGGAAUUGACAAAUGACAUGCAAAAUGUAUAUGAACCUUUGUAUUAUUUGUAAAUAUGUCUUAUCCCUUAGGCAUUAGUUUAACAAAGCAAAACUGAAUGUUUUAGAAUAGUUAGUAAUAGAAUAUGACCUUGUGAGACAUAACUUAUGUUUUUAUCCAUAUUUUGAAUGAAAAAACUGUUGGACUACUCGUCAACACAUCUGAAUGGAAUAUGUAGCAUAUGUAGAUAGAACACUAGUAGACUCAAUAUAUCUAUGGAAAUAUUCAUAUUUUUACCAACUUAUACUGCUUGUCCUUGAUAUAUUUUUCUUCUCCUAAAAUGUUUCCUGUUUUUUCGAUUGUUUUAACUGAGAAGACUUAACAAACAGAAGUCAAGUUUGUCAGAAGCAUUUCAUACCAGAAAAAAAAAUUUUAUAAGCAAAUGUAAAUAAAGAAAUAGUAAACAUA